AAGGGUCACAUGAUAGGAUUUUCCCAGGGACCAAAUAGCCUUCUUCACAUUCUUUUUUUUUUCUCUCUUUCUCUUUCUCUCUCUAUCUCACUCCGCCUUCACUCCUCCUUCAAAAAACAACAAUGGUCUCUCACACAGAGUCCAGUCCAUUACUGGCUGCCUCCAAUGCCUCCGCUCCCUCUCGUACAACCGUUCCUUCUUCUAUUCAGCCUCGCCAUGAAACCAGAGGUCUGAUCUACAUGACCCUCUCUGCCCUCUUCUUCUCCUUCAUGUCCCUCCUCGUCUCUCUCACCGCCAAGUCCCUUCCAUCCUUCCAGAUUGUCCUCUUCCGAGGUGUCAUCCAAACCCUCCUCGGCGUCCUUGCCUGUCAUUACCUCGGGAUCUCUCCUCUCGGCAAUCCCGGUGUCCGCUUCCUUUUGUUCUGUCGAGGUCUUGCCGGAUCCUGUGGAUUGGGAUUCUUCUUCUAUGCUCUGAGUGUCAUGCCUCUUGCAGAUGCCACAGUGAUCUUCUUUCUGGGACCAAUGUUCACAGCAAUCCUGGGAAGGAUUGUGUUGAAGGAACCGUUUGGGCCACUUGAUGCAUUAGCGUCGACGGUGUCGAUGGUGGGAGUGGUCCUGGUUGCGAAGCCAUCGGUUUUGUUCCCUCUGCCUGAACACGGCGGUGAGGGUGGAUCUGCGGUGAUGAUGAUGCUACUCCAAAGAGAGUAUGAAAAUGAGGAGGACCGUCGUCGGUUGUUUGGUGCGGUUGCAGCGGUCUGUGGAGCGAUGUGUUCUGCAGUUGCAUACGUACUAGUCCGCAAGAUCGGUAAGCAAGGUGCCCACUCGAUGCAGCAUGUCACCUAUUUCGGCGCUGUCUCUUGUCUCCUCAGCAUCCUUGGCCUUUACACCCUCCAGGGUGGCUACGUCCCCCCACAGAGCACCCGCAUGUGGUCCGGUCUCAUCCUGCUAGGUGUCUCCGCCUUCAUCGGACAAAUCCUCCUGAACUCUGGCCUGCAGUUAGCUCCACUCGGCCCGGGAACAUUGAUGCGAAUGAAUGACAUUGUCUUCGCGUUCCUCUUCCAGAUCACGGUCCAACACGAGCACCCAGAUCUGUUCAGCUGGCUUGGUGCCUCCUUGGUCAUGAUCUGCACCGGUGGGAUGGCCCUCAACAAAUGGAGAAUUGAGAAAAAUCGAGCUCGUCAGGAACAACAACAACAGCAACAACAACAACAACAACAACAACAAGAGGUGGCACAGCAGUAGUGUUACUAAACACAACCAAGUUAAUCGAUACUACUUCCGUUCGGGUUCCUUGGACACUAGAUCAUCGUGAGG